UGCAUGCACGAUCCUGAGCGCACGUGUUUCUUACAUACGAUGUUGGCGACGCAUGUGCAAGAAAUCCUUUUCGAGGGACAAAUUCCUCAAUCUGGCAAGAGUGGUCGAUACUCGAUAUUACGGUACCACAUGGUAACGGAGGUAAAAUGGCGUUACCUGUUCCUUGUGUCGCUGUGAGAGGUUCUAAUGGUGUCAGCUUAGGACAAGGUCCACCAUCAUAUGAAUCAGUUAAAUCAUUUCCUAAGGAUGACAGCAAAACGUGUAGAGCAAUGGUUUUUAGUCCAGAAGGACGAUAUUUUGCUUGGGUCAAUGGAGCCACAACAAAAAUUUUGGAAUGUAGUUCAUGGAAAGUUGUUAACGAAAUCAAAAGACCCAAGAUCUUUUCAAUAAAGUUUUCCAGCCAAGGCAACUAUUUUAUGACAUGGGAACCAUUCAGUGUGACACAAUCAAAUCCUCAAGCGUCACCUAAUCUUCACAUAUGGAAGUCGGAGAAUGGAGAACUAGUGAAAAGUUGUAUACAGAAGAGACAAGCAGAUUGGGAACCUCAGUGGUCAAGUGAUGAGAAAAUCUGUGGGAUGUUAGUUGGUGCAGAUGUCGUUCUGUAUGAGGAUGGCAAUUUUCAAAAAGUUGCUCACAGAAUAAAUAUAGCCAAAGUUGCUAGUUUUAGUAUUUCACCCAUUUGUUCUCCGUAUUAUAUUGUCUGUUAUAUGCCUGGAAAAUCUGGUCAGCCUGCAUUUGGAAAAUUAUUCCAAUACCCUGAUUUUGAUGCCACGCGUGCUAUAGCAAGCAAAAGUUUCUUCCAGGCGGAUAAACUGAAUGUUUAUUGGAAUAAUACUGGAGCACAUGCCUUGUUAUUGACAAGUACGGAGGUUGACAAAACAGGUUCUUCAUACUAUGGAAAACAAACAUUACAUUAUCUUAAUACAAAGGGUGAAACUGCCAUGCUCACGUUUAAAAAAGAACCUCCCAUACACGCAGUUCAGUGGUCUCCAAAAAAAAAUGAAUUUGUUGUCAUACAUGGUUUUAUGCCAGCUGACACGACAUUAUUUAACAUUCAGUGUCAACCAAUAUUCGAGUUCGGUACACUCCAUCGAAAUAGCAUUUAUUAUAGUCCCCAUGGAGAUAUUCUUAUAUUGACUGGAUUUGGUAAUCUUCGUGGCCAUAUUGAGUUAUGGGACGUAAAUACAAAAAAAUUAAUUGCUACUGCAGAAGCUCCUGAUACAACGCUUCUUCAGUGGUCUCCGGAUGGAGAACACUUUAUGACUGCAACCACAGCACCUAGACUUCGAAUGUGUAAUGGAUUUAAAAUUUGGCACUAUACUGGAACGUUGUUAUAUGAGCGACCAUGGAACGAACAGGAGGAAUUGUGGGAAGUACUUUGGCAAACAUUCCCUCCUAACACAUUUCCGGAGAAAGCAAUUAGUUAUAAAGCUGUCGAAGGUAUUGCUCCUAGUCAGCCUCAAGCGUCAAAACAAGCGUAUCGACCACCUACUGCCAGAGGAGAAAGUUUACCUUUUGAAAUACCUAAUUGUCCAUUUAAGAAGAAGAAAAAAACUGCAAAAAAAAAGACGAAGAAGGAUCAAAAGGAAUCAGAAGGGGCUACAUCUACUAGCCCAAGUACAAAUGGGCAAGUUACUACUAGCACAAACAGUCAGAGCUUAGCCUCUGCAAACGUUCCUCAAUGUAUCGAUGAAGUGGAGAGGAGUAAGAAAAUGAAAAAAAUUAAAGCGAAGUUAGAUCAAAUUACUAAACUAAAGGAACAGUUAGAGGCUGGCAAGCGAUUAGAAAUCAAUCAAUUGGACAAGAUUCAGAAAGAAGCUGAUUUGUUGAAUGAAAUGGAAAAGCUUGCUUUAUGAUGAACAUUUCAAAUCGCAUAUGUGAACGGUUAAAAAAAAGUCCGAAUAUUUCUCCUGAAAAAUGGAAAAUGAUCUCGGUCCAUCGUUUACAAUAUCGUACGUACGGAAGUUACAUUUGGCUGAAAAUUAAAAUUUUCAUUCUGCAAAGAGGUAGUGGGAACAAAAUAAAUUUCAACGGUGGAUUGAAACAUGUUUCCAUAUUAUCGAGGUUGAUAGAAUUAAAAAUUCGAUCACAAAUUAAGUUCGUUUUAGUGAUCUUAGACAGAACAUAGAAGGUCCGCCAUACCUCUUGCUUAAUUAGAAAGAAAUCAUUUUCUUUUUCUCAAGAAACGUUACAUUUUUUAAAAAUGUCAAAGGUUAAUACGUCGAUUGACGAUUACCAAGCUUAUUUCGUAUCAUGCAAUCUCAAAUAAAGAUCGUGUAUCCACGAUAAAAGUGAAUCAUUUAAAGCAAAAGUAUCUCGUGGUAUUUUAUUGGAUGUGUAGGGGAUUAUUAAAAUUUAUAAUCGCAUGGGUAUGUGUGAAAUAGAAAAGUAACGUAAUUGUAUAAUUUCAAUACACAGAAAAAUUUGUUCCUGAAGGCGGGUGUUAUAAUUUCAAUUAUUAUAUUUGUAAAUUAUUGUAAAUCUUUUUCGUAUAAUAAUUUGUAUUCAAAAAACCUUAACAGAAAUUGAUAAUGGACAUAUCAUUUUUGUACUUUAAUUGGUAAAUAACUAAAGUUAGACAUUUUGUGCUGAUACCUUCAGGAAAACAAUUCGUUUUUGUACACGACAUUUUUAUUUCUAUGCUUUGCAUUGUGUUUAGGAUUCAAAUGUUUAUAUUUUUCCUGCUAUCAAUCAUUAUAAGACUGGUCAGACGAAAUGGAUUACAUGGUACAGUUUAAUAAAUAAAUGAAAAAAACUGCCAAAAAAGAAAAAACAAUAAUUAAGCGUUGUUUCAUGAACAGUGAAACAUUUUUAAGCAAUAAAGGAAAUUUAGCUGUUUGAAUUAGUUGAUUUUUUAAGCACCACUAUUUUAAACAAUGUUCAAUAUUACCCUUACUCGUUAUUCUGUUGGGUUGAAAAAUUAAUACCUCAACAAAAUCAAUUACAUCUGAAGAAAAAUCACAAUUGCCAAUGUUGUGUACAGUUAUAUGAAAUUUAUGAAAAUAAAUUACUGAAAAAGAAACAAAA